CCCCCCACACCACCCGCCAAGAUGGUGGCCCUGUCCCUGAAGAUCUGUGUCCGCCAGUGCAACCUGGUGAAGACCAUGCAGUUUGAGCCGUCCACGGCCGUCUACGACGCCUGCAGAAUCAUCAGAGAGAGGGUUCCCGAAGCCCAGACUGGACAAGCCUCAGACUACGGCCUGUUCCUUUCUGAUGAGGACCCCAGGAAAGGAAUCUGGCUGGAGUCAGGAAGAACUCUGGAUUAUUACAUGCUGCGGAACGGGGAUAUCCUUGAUUACAAGAAGAAACAGAGGCCAUUGAAGAUCAAGAUGCUGGAUGGAGCUGUGAAAACCAUCAUGGUGGACGACUCCAAAACAGUGGGAGAGCUGUUAGUGACAAUAUGCAGUAGAAUAGGAAUCACCAACUACGAGGAGUACUCUCUGAUCCAGGAGGUAAUGGAGGAGAAGAAGGAGGAUGGGCUGGGCACCCUGAAGAAAGACAGGACUCUGCUCCGAGACGAGAGGAAGAUGGAGAAACUCAAAGCCAAGCUUCACACAGACGACGACUUGAACUGGCUUGACCACAGCAGAACGUUCCGUGAGCAGGGGGUGGAGGAGACCGAAACUCUUCUGCUCAGGAGGAAGUUCUUCUACUCAGACCAGAACGUGGACUCACGAGACCCGGUCCAGCUCAACCUGCUCUACGUCCAGGCACGAGAUGACAUCCUAAAUAGUUCUCACCCUGUGUCCUUCGACAAGGCCUGUGAGUUUGCAGGGAUUCAGGCUCAGAUCCAGUUUGGACCGCACAUAGAACACAAACACAAACCUGGAUUCCUAGACCUCAAGGAGUUUCUACCUAAAGAAUAUAUCAAGCAGCGAGGGAAUGAAAAGAAAAUCUUUCAGGACCACAAGAACUGUGGUGAGAUGACAGAGAUAGAAGCUAAAGUAAAGUACGUGAAGCUAGCCAGGUCCCUAAGGACAUACGGAGUGUCUUUCUUCCUGGUGAAGGAGAAGAUGAAGAGUAAGAAUAAGCUGGUUCCCAGGCUGUUGGGGAUAACCAAAGAGUCAGUGAUGAGGGUGGAGGAGAAGACCAAAGACGUGGUGCAGGAGUGGCCCCUCACCACUGUAAAGAGAUGGGCCGCCUCGCCCAAGAGCUUCACCCUGGAUUUUGGGGAGUACCAGGAGAGCUACUACUCAGUCCAGACCACUGAGGGAGAACAAAUCUCUCAGCUCAUCGCUGGAUACAUCGACAUCAUCCUCAAAAAGAAGCAAAGUAAAGACCGUUUUGGUUUAGAAGGAGAUGAAGAAUCCACCAUGCUGGAAGAAUCCGUCUCCCCAAAGAAGUCGACGAUCCUGCAGCAGCAGUUUAACCGUGUGGGUCGUGUGGAGCAUGGUUCUGUGGCUCUACCAGGGGUGAUCAGGUCUGGCUCUAUAGGAGCAGAGUCUCUCAGCAUGGGCACCAUGCCUUCUGCACAGCAACAGGUCAUCAUGGGACAGAUGCACCGAGGACACAUGCCACCACUGAGCUCGGCCCAGCAGGCCCUGAUGGGGACCAUCAACACCAGUAUGCAGGCAGUACAGCAGGCACAGGCUGAUCUGGGAGAGGUGGACAACCUGCCUCCUCUGGGACAGGACAUGGCGUCCAAGGUGUGGAUCCAGAACAAGGUGGAUGAGUCCAAACAUGAGAUCCACUCCCAGGUGGACGCCAUCACCGCAGGAACAGCUUCUGUGGUCAACCUCACCGCUGGCGACCCGACAGACACAGACUACACUGCAGUGGGCUGUGCCAUCACCACCAUCUCCUCCAACCUGACAGAGAUGUCUAAGGGUGUGAAGCUACUGGCUGCUCUUAUAGAGGACGACACGGGCGGGAGCAAUGACCUUAUGGGUGCCGCUAGGAACCUUGCUGGGGCCGUCUCUGACCUGCUCAAGGCUGUGGAACCUGCCUCCGGAGAGCCCCGUCAGACAGUGCUGAGUGCAGCAGGCAGUAUAGGCCAGGCCAGUGGAGACCUGCUGCUUCAGAUAGGAGAGAACGAGUCAGACGAGAGGUUCCAGGAGGUGCUGAUGAACCUGGCCAAGGCGGUGGCCAACGCGGCAGCCAUGAUGGUGCUGAAGGCUAAGAACGUGGCCCAGGUGGCAGACGACACGGUCCUACAGAACAGAGUCAUCGCUGCUGCCACGCAGUGUGCCCUCUCCACCUCCCAGCUGGUCGCCUGUGCCAAGGUGGUGAGUCCCACCAUCAGCUCCCCAGUGUGCCAGGAGCAGCUGAUUGAGGCAGGGAAGCUGGUGGACCGCUCAGUGGAGGGCUGUGUCCAGGCCUGUCUGUCUGCCACAGUCGACGGGGAGAUGCUGAAGCAGGUGAGUGCUGCAGCCAGUGUUGUCGGUCAGGCCCUGGGGGACCUGCUGGAGCAUGUAUGCCACUACGCCUCCCACGGCGAGCCCAUUGGUCGCUACGACCAGGCCACCGACACCAUCAUGACCGUAACAGAGAGCAUCUUCAGCUCCAUGGGAGACGCAGGAGAGAUGGUUCGUCAGGCCAGGGUCCUGGCUCAGGCCACCUCUGACCUGGUGAAUGCCAUGCGGUCAGAUGCUGAGGUGGAAGUGGAUGUUGACAACUCUAAGAAGCUUCUUGCUGCAGCUAAACUACUGGCAGACGCUACAGCCAGGAUGGUGGAGGCUGCUAAGGGCGCAGCGGCAUACCCAGAGAACGAGGACCAGCAGCAGAGACUGAGGGAGGCGGCUGAGGGGUUACGCGUGGCCACCAACGCUGCAGCUCAGAACGCCAUCAAGAAGAAGCUCAUUAACAGGCUCGAGAAUGCCGCCAAGCAAGCUGCAGCUGCAGCCACCCAGACCAUCGCUGCCUCCCAGAAUGCAGCAGCCUCCAACAAGAACACCGCCGCUCACCAGCAAUUGGUGCAGAGCUGCAAGGCCAUGGCAGACCACAUUCCCCGGCUGGUCCAGGGGGUAAGGGGCAGCCAGGCCCAGCCUGAAGACCUCACUACCCAGCUAGCCCUCAUCAUCACCAGCCAGAACUUCCUACAGCCUGGCAGUAAGAUGGUGACAUCAGCGAAGUCGUCUGUUCCCACGGUGAUGAACCAGGCCGCUGCUAUGCAGCUGGGUCAGUGUGCCAAGAACCUGGCCACCAGCCUGGCAGAGCUCAGAACCGCAGCACAGAAGGCCCACGAAGCCUGCGGCCCCAUGGAGAUCCACUCAGCUCUCACAGCCGUCCAGACUCUGAAGACUGAGCUCCAAGACGCCAAGAUGGCUGCCAUAGACAUGCAGCUGAAACCACUACCUGGAGAAUCGUUGGAGAAGUGUGCUCAGGAUCUGGGCAGCACCUCAAAGUCUGUGGGAUCCUCCAUGGCUCAGCUGCUCACCUGUGCUGCACAGGGCAAUGAACACUACACAGGGUUAGCAGCCAGAGAGACAGCCCAGGCCCUGAAGACUCUAGCCCAGGCAGCGCGGGGCGUGGCAGCCUCUACCACCAACCCUCAGGCAGCGGCGUCCAUGUUGGAUUCAGCCUGUGAUGUUAUGGAAGGCUCGGCCAUGCUGAUCCAUGAGGCCAAGCAGGCCCUGGUCUCUCCCGGUGACGCAGAGAGCCAGCAGAGGCUAGCCCAGGUGGCCAAGGCUGUGUCCCACUCUCUGAAUAACUGUGUCAACUGCCUGCCUGGCCAGAAGGAUGUGGACAUGGCCCUCAGGAGAAUUGGAGAGGCCAGCAAGAAACUGCUGGGAGAAACGCUCCCUCCAUCCACCAGGUCGUUCCAGGAGGCCCAGAGCGAGCUGAACCAGACCGCAGCAGAUCUGAACCAAUCAGCAGGAGACGUGGUCCAUGCCUCCCGUGGCUCCAGCACCCAGCUCGCAGACGCAUCUGGGAAGUUCAGCGAAGACUUUGAUGAGUUCUUGGACGCCGGCAUUGAGAUGGCUGGGCACACUCAGAGGAAAGAUGAGCAGAUCCAGGUGAUAGGUAACCUGAAGAACAUCUCCAUGGCUUCCAGCAAGCUGCUCCUGGCAGCCAAGUCUCUGUCUGUAGACCCUGGGGCAGCUAACGCCAAGAACCUUCUGGCUGCUGCUGCAAGAGCAGUGACAGAGAGCAUUAACCAGCUAAUCACACUGGCCACACAGCAGGCCCCGGGACAGAAGGAGUGUGACAAUGCCCUACGAGAGCUGGAGGCGGUGAAAGGAAUGCUAGCCAGCCCCAACGAGCCAGUCAGCAACCUCUCCUACUUCCACUGCAUCGAGAGCGUCAUGGAGAACUCCAAGGUCCUGGGAGAGUCCAUGGCUGGCAUUUCUCAGAACUGUAAAACCGGGGAUGUGCCAGCGUUUGGGGGCUGUGUGGGACUGGCCUCCAAGGCCCUGUGUGGGCUCACUGAGGCUGCAGGACAGGCCUCUUACCUGGUGGGCGUGUCUGACCCCAACAGUCAGGCAGGGCAUCAGGGGUUGGUCGACGCCAUCCAAUUUGCACGAGCCAAUCAGGCGAUCCAGAUGGCCUGUCAGAACCUGGUGGAUCCGGACAGUAGCCCCUCACAGGUGCUGUCGUCUGCCACCAUCGUAGCAAAGCACACAUCAGCUCUUUGCAACGCCUGUCGCCUGGCCUCCUCCAAGACAGCCAACCCCACAGCCAAGAGACACUUUGUCCAAUCUGCCAAGGAGGUGGCCAACAGCACAGCCAACCUGGUCAAAACUAUAAAGGCUCUGGAUGGUGAUUUCUCUCAGGAGAACAGGAACACGUGUCUGGUGGCCACAGCUCCACUCAUAGAGGCUGUUGAGAACCUCACAGCGUUUGCAUCUAAUCCAGAGUUCGCCAGCGUCCCUGCUCAGAUCAGCAAUGAGGGCUCUGCUGCUCAGGAGCCCAUCCUCCAAUCAGCUCGAUCCAUGCUGGACAGCUCCACCCACCUGCUGAAGACUGCACGUUCACUGGUUAUUAACCCCAAAGAUCCACCCACCUGGUCGGUCCUGGCUGGCCACUCUCGGACUGUGUCCGACUCCAUCAAAGGUCUCAUCACGGCCAUCAGGGACAAGGCUCCAGGCCAGAGGGAGUGUGACUACUCCAUAGAUAACAUCAACAGAUGUAUCCGGAACAUUGAGCAGGCCUCGCUAGCCGCAGUCAGCCAGAACCUGGCCAGAAGGGAUGACAUCUCACUGGAGGCCUUGCAAGAGCAGCUGACGUCCACAGUGCAAGAGAUUGGAUACCUAAUCGACCCAAUAUCUACAGCCGCCAGAGGGGAAGCUGCCCAACUAGGACACAAGGUGACCCAGCUGGCGGGCUACUAUGAGCCUCUGAUCAGGGCGUCGGUGGGCGUGGCGUCCAAGCUGCAGGACCACCAGCAGCAGAUGGCAUUCCUGGACCAGACUAAGACCCUGGCAGAGUCCGCUCUGCAGAUGAUCUACGCAGCCAAGGAGGGAGGAGGAAACCCCAAGGCGUCCCAUACCCAUGAUGCCAUAGCGGAGGCUGCUCAGCUGAUGAGGGAGGCGGUGGAUGACAUUAUGGUGACCCUGAACGAGGCCGCCAGCGAAGGGGGUAUGGUGGGCGCCAUGGUGGACUCCAUCACUGAGGCCAUGGGCAGGCUGGACGAGGGGACUUCUCCUGAACCAGAAGGAUCGUUUGUAGACUACCAGACUACCAUGGUGAAAUACUCCAAGGCCAUUGUGGUCACCGCCCAGGAAAUGAUGACCAAGUCUGUGACGUGUCCAGAGGAGCUGGGGGGUCUGGCCUCUCGGGUGACCACAGACUACAGCCAGCUGGCGCUGCAGGGACGUCUGGCCGCGCACACUGCAGAACCCCAGGAGAUUGGUUUCCAGAUCAAGGCUGGUGUCCAGGAGCUGGGUCACGGCUGUAUCUUCCUGGUGCAGAAGGCUGGAGCGCUGCAGAUCACCCCCUCAGACAGUUACACCAAGAGAGAGCUCAUAGAGUGUGCCCGCACCGUCACAGAGAAGGUGUCGAUGGUGCUGUCGGCCCUACAGGCUGGUAAUAAGGGCACUCAGGCCUGCAUCACAGCUGCCAGUGCUGUCUCUGGCAUCAUCGCUGACCUGGACACCACCAUCAUGUUCGCCUCCGCUGGCACACUCAACGCAGAGAAUGACGAGUCCUUCGCUGACCACAGGGAGAACAUAUUGAAGACAGCGAAGGCUCUGGUGGAGGACACUAAGAUGUUAGUGUCUGGAGCAGCGUCCGGUCAGGACAAACUAGCCCAAGCUGCCCGGUCCUCAGCUAAGACCAUCACACAGCUCACUGACGUGGUCAAACUGGGCGCCGCCAGCAUCGGCUCUGACGACCCAGAGACACAGGUGGUUCUGAUCAACGCAGUGAAAGACGUGGCCAAGGCCCUGGCUGAGCUCAUAGGAGCCACUAAGUGUGCUGCGGGCAAGGCUGCAGACGACCCGUCCAUGUACCAGCUGAAAAGUGCUGCCAAGGUGAUGGUGACCAACGUGACGUCCCUGCUGAAGACGGUGAAGGCUGUGGAGGACGAGGCCACGCGGGGGACCAGAGCCCUGGAGGCCACCAUUGAAUGUAUUAAACAGGAACUCACGGUGUUCCAGUCUAAGGACGUCCCGGAGAAGUCGACCACGCCUGAAGAGUUCAUCCGCAUGACCAAGGGCAUCACCACGGCAACAGCCAAAGCAGUGGCGGCUGGGAACUCUGCACGACAGGAGGAUGUGAUCUCCACAGCUAACCUGAGUCGCAAGGCCAUCUUCGACAUGCUGACCACAUGCAAGCAAGCAGCUUACCACCAGGAGGUGAACAAGGGCGUACGGAGCAGAGCGCUGCUCUACGGGACAGAGUGCACCACAGGUUACAUUGACCUACUGGAGCAUGUGCUGCUGGUCCUCCAGGGGCCUACAGCAGAGCAGAAGCAGCAGCUGGUGUUCUACUCUAAACGUGUUGCUGGAGCUGUUACUGAACUCAUCCAGACUGCUGAGGCCAUGAAAGGCACAGAGUGGGUGGACCCAGAGGACCCCACAGUGAUAGCAGAGACAGAGCUGUUGGGGGCGGCAGCGUCCAUCGAAGCAGCGGCUAAGAAACUGGAGCAGCUGAAACCCAGAGCCAAGCCCAAGCAAGCAGAUGAAACGCUGGACUUUGAGGAGCAGAUCCUGGAAGCAGCUAAGUCCAUCGCUGCGGCCACCAGUGCCCUGGUCAAGUCUGCUUCAGCUGCCCAGAGAGAGCUGGUGGCUCAGGGCAAGGUGGGCUCUAUUCCAGCUAACGCAGUGGAUGAUGGUCAGUGGUCCCAGGGUCUCAUCUCAGCGGCCAGGAUGGUAGCAGCAGCCACCAGUAACCUGUGUGAGGCAGCUAAUGCCUCGGUCCAGGGCCAAGCCAGUGAGGAGAAGCUGAUCUCGUCAGCCAAGCAGGUGGCAGCCUCCACAGCCCAGCUCCUAGUGGCCUGUAAGGUUAAAGCUGACCAGGACUCUGAGGCCAUGAGGAGACUACAGGCUGCUGGUAACGCAGUAAAGAGGGCGUCGGACAACCUGGUCCGAGCGGCCCAGAAAGCAGCGUUCCACAAGGCAGACGAUGACAACGUGGUGGUCAAGACCAAGUUUGUGGGAGGAAUCGCUCAGAUCAUUGCAGCCCAGGAGGAGAUGCUGAGGAAGGAGAGAGAGCUGGAGGAGGCCAGGAAGAAGCUGGCUCAGAUCAGACAGCAGCAGUACAAGUUCUUACCCAGUGAACUACGGGAGGACGAGAACUGAGCUAUACCCUGCUGCAUUGCCAUGCUGCCGCUGUGUGUGUGUGUGUGUGUGUGUGUGUGUGUGUGUGUGUGUGUGUGUGUGUGUGUGUGUGUGUGUGUGUGUAUUGAGCGCAUUUGUACCUGUGUGUGUAUAUGUAGUAUGUUACCACACACACGAGCGGUGGCCCAAAUGGACUUUCUCAGUGUGCAGCAAGGUUAAGUUGGCCUUUUAAUGUGCCCACUCAACCAGUGGGGUCAAGCCCAGAAUGGGACAUGGAUAGCCACUGUCUACUACACCUGCAUGGUCUUUAACUACCAGGAGUUGUCUACUACCACUAUGACUUGGCUUGUAACGGUCUGUUACUCUGCAUUACCUGCCAGUUAACCUACACCGGAAUAGUCUUCUCUAGAAGCAAUGGAUUUGUAACAGGUGAACAAGCUGAAAAUGUGCAUGCUAAUAGUUUGAAUGUCUUUCUCUAUGGAGCUAUACAUUUGAUGUGAUUAGAUACCAGUGUUGACAUUGAAUCUCCAAACUAAGGGGAUAUUUCUAGAUGUUAGCAUGGUCUUAACCUUUUGGCCGGACUUUCUUUCAUAAAGGAAGAAGAGUGUGAUAUGUUAGGUGCAUACAGUACAUUAGGCAUUUACACACACAUUGCUAUUCAUUUCCUCUUUUGUGAGAAAUUAUAGCAUUUCAUAGAUAUUACUAGUGUUUGAAAUGUCACACGUAUGUGAUUUGACCCUUAUGUCAGC